AACUGAAUAUAGGGUUAAUCGGGGACUAAAAACGUCGUCGGACCGGAGCCGGAAGUGUGAAGUUAUUUGAGCGGAUCCUGAACGAAAAUACAAUAAACCCGAGUAAAAUUAUGGAUAGUUUUUAUUUGAAGCUUGUAUAUAUUGGGCACGUGUGAAAUUCAAGACUUUGUUUUGUAUUUCUGAUAGCGGGAGAAUCGAGAGAAAUGAACAUUUGGGGCAUUUUCUAAGCUGAUUUUUGUGGGAGUUAGCCGAUGCUAACAGCAGAGCUACAAACUGUUGCUCAGAUCGAACCAGUUGGAUCCGGUUACACCCCAUAAAGUUGUUUAUCUGCGCCAUGAAUCCGUUUGGAAGUCCGCAGGGUGGGGCUUUCCAGGCCCCCAGCAGCUCCAUGAAGCCCGGUCUGUUCCAGGGGUUCGGGCAGCAGAAUUCCAGCGGAUCUCAGGGACAAAGUUUUCUCCAACCUCCUGCCUUCGGACAGCAGUCUGCAGCGCUUCAGCCUGCAGUGCAGAGUGGCUCCAUUUUCGGACAACGAUCUGUGAUGAACCAGCCUGCCCCCCAAGGUGGCUCCAUCUUCGGGCAGCCAUCUAUUGUCAGUCAGCCCGGAGGUCAGGGUGGUUACAUCUUCGGACAGGCAUCCAAUCAGCCUGCAGCUCAGAGUGGGUCCAUCUUCGGACAGCCAUCUAAUCAGUUUCCAACUCAAGGUAAUUCCAUCUUUGGACAACAAUCAAACCAGUCUCCAGCUCAAAGUAAUUCCAUCUUCGGACAGCCAUCAAAUCAGCCAACGGCGGAAAGUGGUUCCAUCUUCGGACAAUCACCUGCAGUGAAUAAGCCAUCCGAUCAGAGUGGAUCCGUUUUCGGACAGCAUCCCGUUGUUAAACAGCCUUCAGGGCUGAUUGGUUCCAUCUUCGGACAGGCGUCUGUCGUUAAUCAGUCCGGCGCUCAGAGUGGUUCCAUAUUCGGACAGCCGCAAGCAACAAAUCAGCCCGCAGCUCAGGUUGGUUCAGUUUUCGGACAGCAGUCUGUUAAUCAACCUGGAGCUCAGAGUGGUUCCAUUUUCGGACAGUCAUCCACGGCUAAUCAGCCUGCUACUCAGAGUGGUUCCAUUUUCGGACAGUCAUCCACGGCUAAUCAGCCUGCUACUCAGAGUGGUUCCAUUUUCGGACAGCUACCUGCCCAGGGCCAGCCUCCCUUGAGCAAGGCUCCAGCCUUUGGGCAGCCUCCUGUGAAUACCAGCAGCUCAGCUGCGGCUUUCGGACUCAACCAGAGCUCCGUGUUUGGACAGAGCCCCUCCUUCAUCCAGCCCUCUGCGUUCGGUCAGCAUUCAGGUUUGGGAAAGGCCCCUCCUGCUUUCGGGAAACCUCUCAAACCGUCGGGCCCCACCGGCUCCAACCCCUCGUUUGUGCAGCCGGCCUCCAGCGUGUUCAGCCCCCAGAAUGUGAACCAGAACCGGGGUUUUGGACCUCCAGAGUUCAGCUUUCCCAACGAGGCCGUGUUCAAACCCAUCUACAGCGGCAGCCCAGAGCCGCCCAGCAGCCGGGGCCCGGCCCCCUCCGGCCCCUCUGCUGGCUUCUCCUCGCUGGCCGGAGCCAAGCCUCUGGUCUUCAGCUGCUUCACCCAGCCGGCAGCUCCCCAUUCUGGCCCCCACCCGCCAUCAGGCGGUGGCAGCGGCGGCCCUCGGUUCUCCUUCACCAACCCCCCCACGGGCCCCGGCUCCACGGCGGAGCCGACCACCCCGUCCUCCUUCGGCUUCACCUCCACCUCCCUGGAGACCCAGCCCACGCCGUUCUCCUCGUUCAGCCGCCCCUCCACCUUUGGCGACUCUGAAGCCGAGUUUGGCCCUGAAGAUAAGGAGGCCCCGCCAACGUUUCGCUCGGCUCAGCAAAGCAGCCAAGAGAAGGACGACCCGACCGCUGGCGGUCCCGAGAAGCCGGGCGAGGACGACGCCCCCUCGCCGCCGGACGUCGACUCACCCAGACACCCCGCCAAGAGGCCGGUGGUGAGGGCCCGGGGCAUCGCAGGGGGCCUGUUUAGCCGGGCGCUGAGCGGCAUCCGGAAGGAGCAGAGCAACCCGGUGAGGAGGAGGGCCCUGAAGGAGGCGCCGAGGCCCCCCGCUCUGGGGCCCCCUGCUGUGGGACCCACUGAGAAGCCGGCUCCAGAGGAGCCAGAGGGAGCUCAGGGACACGAACCGCCGGCCAAGACGCUCACAGCGCCGGCGAUGAGCAGAGAAACUGCAGAGACACCAGAAGAUUCAGGCCCGUCUGACCCUCUGACCUCAGCCUCCGAGGCGUUGACCCCGGUGGGCCGUGGGCCCCGCAGGGACAGCGUGGACAGCCUGAGCGGAGGGUCUCCCAGCGAUCUGACCACCAUCAUGGUCAGGAACGUCCCUCCAAGCCUCAACAAGAAGGACGUGAUCCAGAAACAUUUCUCUCGUUUCGGGAAAGUCUGUAAAACUUUCUGCCGCCCCAACAAGAACCAGGCCGUGGUCCACUUCCACGACCCCGCUUCGGCUGCUAAAGCGAAGCGGCGAGGGAAGGUUCUGCACCGACACGAACUGCUGCUGCUCUGGCAGAGGAAGAAACACAGCCCUGGAGACAAAGGCAGCAGAGCGCCGGCCGAACCGGACCGAUCCGGAGCACAAAGUCCUGAAGCGGAGGAGCCAGCGCCGGGUUGUUCUCCUCUCAGACGGCCGGCCCUGAUGCCUCCGGCGCCGGGCCACCCGUCCUUCAGGCAGAGCUCUCCGGUGAAGAGGCCGUCUCCGGCCAAGCUGCCGCCGUUUGACUCGGAGCCCCAGAAGGAGAACGUGGCCGAGGCCCAGGGGUCGGAGCGUCUCGUCCCGUCCUCCCUGGUCCACCUGGUCGGGCAGGUCGCCGAGACCGCCGAGGACAAGUACCGUCUCCUGGAGCAGAGAGACAAAGUCCUGCGUCAGGGACGACCCAAGAGGACAGACCUGGACCUGUCCAAGGUGUUUGUGGGGACGUGUCCCGACAUGUGUCCCGAGGAGAGGUACAUGAGGGAGACACGGAACCAGCUCAGCGUGUACGAGGUCGUCCCGAACACGGAGGUGGUGGAUCACGCAGCUGCCAUCAAGGAGUACAGCCGCUCCUCGGCCGACCAGGAGGAGCCUCUUCCUCACGAGCUGCGGCCCCUCGCCGUGCUCAGCAUGACCAUGGACUACCUGGUGACCCAGAUCAUGGACCGGGGUCCGGACAGCCACAGAGACUGGUACGACUUUGUGUGGAACCGAACCCGAGGCAUUCGCAAGGACAUCACCCAGCAGCGGCUCUGCUGCCCCCACACCGUGUCGCUGAUCGAGAAAUGCACCAGGUUCCACGUUCACUGCGCCCACCACCUCUGCGAGCAGCACAUGUCGUCCUUCGACGCCAAGAUCAACAACGAGAACAUGACCAAGUGCCUGCAGAGUCUGAAGGAAAUGUACGAGGAUCUGGCGACGCAGCAGACGUUCUGCCCCCUGGAGGCCGAGUUCCGCCAGUACAGCGUCCUGCUGAAGCUCAACGACGGCGACAUCCUGCGGGAGGUGCAGCAGUUCCGGGACGAGGUCCGGAAGUCUCCGGAGGUGAAGUUUGCGGUUCAAGCCUUCGCGGCCGUCAGCAGCAACAACUUUGUGCGUUUCUUCAAGCUGGUGAAAGGAGCUUCUUACCUGUCCAGCUGCCUGCUGCACCGAUACUUCAACCAGGUCCGAUCGAAGGCUCUGAAGGCCCUGAUCGCGGCUCACACCUUCGGCACGCGAUCCACCCCGUUCCCCGUCGACGACGUCGUCCGCAUGCUGAUGUUCCGCAGCGCGUCUGAAGCAACGGACUUCGUCCAGCAGUUCGGCCUCAACGUCAACGACGGGAUGGUGGAACUGAGUCGGAUGGUCUUCCAGGAGCCGGAGCUCCCGCUGUCCUUGAAGAGGUCAGAGGUCAUCCUGUCCAAGAAGGCGCCGCUGAUCGGGGAGGUGGUGAACGGAGGUCCGGUCCCCGACCCGCCACAGCACCGUCCCGUCUGCAGCUUCGACUCCUUCAACAGAUUCAGAGGACUGCUGGAGCCCGGCUUCGGAUACGUCGUCCCCCGAGGCGCCGGGGCGGCACAGCCUGCUGACGCCGUCGACGUUUCCUCCCCGCCGCGCGUCGAGCCGCCGCCGCCGCCGACCGUCGUUCUCGACGCUCCAGCUGAGACCGGAGAGCCGUUCCCGCCGGCGGCUCACAUCUUCCAGCCGAUCGCUGCGCCUGAACCCGCCAGACCUCCGUCACCUCCACCCAAACCCCAACCGCUCUUCAGCGAGGAGGACGUCCUGGUGGCGGCGGAGGCGCUGCUGGAGGAAGUGGUGGAGGCUGAAGUCAGAGCGCUCGCUGAUGGAGGCGCCAGCUACGCCAGAGCGGCCCUGCGGGAGAGCGAGGCGCAGCUGGAGGUUCUGGUGCAGGAGGUGUUGGAGCAGAUGAUGACGGAGGUUUCAGCGUCAGAGAUCUGGCUGGAGGAGGAGCGGCUCGCUGAGGAGCGACGCAGACUGGAGGAGGCCAGGCGCCGUCAGGAGCGCCAGGCCUUCCUGGCUCAGUUCAGCGGCUCGCUCUGCUCAGAGGUCAUCCAGGAGGUCGUCCAUGAAGUCGUCAGGGAAACCGCCGCCGCCGAGAUCCAGGAGGCUUUGGAUGAGGAAGCCGAGCGUCUGACCCGAUGCAGCCAUCAGAUCUGCAGCAGUUUGAUCGAGGAGACGUUAGCCGCCGACGUCGCUCAGCUGGCAGAGGACGUUCUGGAGGCUGAGCUGGAACGGAUCCAUAAGUUCAUCAAAAGGUGGCGUGAUGUGGUGGCCGUCCGCCGCCAGCUGAAGCGUCAGAUGAGGAGUUUUCCCGCGGCUCCGUGCUGCGUGGAUCCCCGCUUCACGCUGCGGGCCCUGGCCCCCAGCGCCCCCCAGAGGCCCUCCAUGGCGGACCUGGCCCGGGGCCUGGUGGACCUGGGGAACGCCGGCGUGUUGGCCGUGUCCAGCACCAGGUUGUUGCGGAUGCGGCGCGGCGCCGUCCACCAGAUGAGGGUCCAUUCCUUCUACCAGCAGCUGCUGGAGGAGACGUGCUGGAAGCCGUUGGAUCUGCCGGCGCUGGCCGCGGAAAACGUCCCGAACCCGACGGACCGGAUCUUCUGGAAAGCUCUGCUGCUGCUGCCCAGCGAACGGGAGGCCGGCCCGGCAGACCGGGUUCUGUCGGACUGGCUGGAGGUGAAACUCGGCGCCGACUCGGCGUCGGAGGAGCGGAGAGACGGGACGCUGAGGACGCUGUGCGUCUCCAACAGCCUGCAGGACGACGGACACAGAACUCACAAAGUCCACAUCACAGUGAAGGCGUCCAGAGGUCCGCUGACCGACGCCGGUCUGUCCGGAGCGGAGGAGCGCUGCGAGCUGCGCGGCGCCGCGGCCAUCGUCAUGCUGCUGCCCCUCCUGGAGGCGGAGCAGCAGGACGUCCCUCUGCUGUCCGCCCUGCUGCAGCUCAAGCAGCUGCAGCAGAUCAGCAGCUGGAGCUGCCCGCUGCCCCUGGUGGUCCUGGUGCCCUGGCAACGGGGCGCUGCAGACGCCGAGCAGCUGGAGGAAGCCCUGCAGCUCCAGGCUCUGAAGGAGGAAGAGUUGAUCUCUGACUUCCUGCUCGUCUUCAUCCCAGACUCCACCGGCCACCUGCAGGGAUCCCAGCAGCUGACCCGGGCCGUCCGCUGGCUGCUGGCCCGCCGCCCUCCGACCCCGCCGCUGACCUGCCGGCCGCUGGUCCAGCUGGUCGAAGCCGCGCUGAGCCGGGAGUUCUGCCCCAGAGUUUACGCCAACCGGCAGAACCGGGCCGCCGCCCGGCUGCCUCGCCAGGGCCCGGCGCCGGUGGUCCGGCUGUACAACGCCGUCCUGACCCACCUGGCGGACAGAGUGUCGUCCCCGGAGCUGAGCUGCCUGUCAUGGCCGCCCGGCGAGUUCAGCGAGCCGGAGACCAGAGAGCUGGUCCCUCACCUGGGCUGGAACUCGGCGCCGCAGCUGAGCUGGCUGAGGGACGCGCUGCUCCACCUGCGGCUGCCGGAGUGGGAGGAGCUUCCUGCUGCAGACUCCUGGCCGGAUCUCUGCUCCUCCAUCUUUCGUUACGCUGCUCACAUCCCAACGUCACGCCACAGCCAGCCGCUCCUCAUGUCCCGGCUGGAGAACCUUCUGGAGCGGGUCCGACUGGCUGCUCCCGGGCGGCGUCGGCCCGGCCCAGGGCGGCAGGGCGGCGUCGGCCCGGGGGCGGCCGGUCUCUCUGCUGCCUGCAGCCUGAUUCCCUGGGACAACGUCGUUCUCAUCUUCAUCGACCACAAGCUGAAGGACUGGCAGCCGGCCGGACCGCCGGCUGCUCCAGACGCGCUGACGGCGGACGGAGAGGUUCUGGUUUUCUUCCCCAGCGGUUCCCUGGACGGGUUCCGGCCUCCGGCUGAGUGGGUUCUGGCCGUGGAUCGGACCCACAGGGAGACGCAGCGGGAGGAAGAGGAGGGAUGGGCUCCGGCCCCCAGCGCGCUGCCUUCGCCUCCGGCCCUGAGGCAGAAGUUGUUCCAGAGCCGGGUGGAGGCCCCACCGGGCCCCCGGGCCCCACCGGGCCCCCGGGCCCCACUGCCUCGCCUGGACUUCACACACACGCCGAGCGCGGAGGAGCUGCUGGCCCACCGGGUUCUGCAGAACCUGGAGGAGGAGAAGGCAGAGAGCAGGAGGAGUCUGGAGCAGCUGCAGCGCUGGAUGGACGGCGACCCGUUGGACCACCUGGACCCGCUCUUCAUCCCGUCCUCCACCCUGCUGUCCUCUCCGUCCACCAUGCGGGUUUCUGCGCCUGCAGCAGCAGCUAAACCAGAGACACAGGAGCGAGUGGACCGAGCGACCCGCCCCGCAGCGACGACCCGCUCCGCAGCGACGUCCGCGGCGCCGCCCGUCCCUCUGGCCCGCAGGCUGCAGGAGCUGCAGCAGCAGAUCGUGGCGAGCAGAGAAGAAGAACGGGCCUGCAGGCUGAAGCUGAGCGGCCUGCUGAGCAUCGUGGACGACUGAAGAUCAGGAAGAUGUUGAAGACGGAUUAUCAUCAUCAGAACUAAAAUCAGGACUUUUAUAAAUAUUUAGUUUUGUAGAAUCGGGUUCUUCCUGUAUUGGGCUCCGAUAAUAAAUAAUGUGUUGAAAUCGUUUUAUUUCCAUUCUGUCCAAAUAUUAAAUAAAUAUUUUCAUGUAAAACCUU